AUGAUGGUGGAUAUGGGUUCCGUGUCAAGAAGUGCUUGUUCCCUUGUGGAUAUGAUACUAGAGAAAGAUGAUGAUGGCCGGUUUACAAGUGGAGGGUGGAAAAGUGAGGAUGGAAGGCUUAGCUGUGGGUAUUCAAGCUUCAGAGGGAAGAGAGUAACGAUGAAGGAUUUUUAUGAUAUUAAAAUAUUGAAGAUUGGUGGUCAUUCAGUAUGCUUCUUUGGAAUAUUUGAUGGUCAUGGUGGUUCUCGUGUUGCAGAGUAUUUGAAAGAGCAUCUCUUUGAUAAUCUCAUGAAGCAUCCAAAAUUUUUUACUGAUGCCAAAUUGGCUAUAAGUGAAACGUAUCAAGGGACUGAUUCUCGAUUUCUGGAUUCUAAAAAAGACACUUUCUGGGAUGAUAGCUCUAUUGCUUCAACCGCUGUAUUGAUUGAUAACCAUCUCUAUGUUGCUAAUGUUGGAGAUUCUAGGACUAUAAUAUCAAAGGCUGGUAAAGCAAUUGCUCUCUCUAAAGAUCAUAAGCCAAACAAAAGUGAUGAACGGAAGAAGAAUUGA